GUGAUUCGUUUGCAGCAGGUAUUGAUAUUUCUGGUCCUUACCCUGGGAACGAAACAACACCAGGUUAUUCUUACGCAAACGCUUUAUAUGAAUUGUUAAAGGAGAACCAUCCAAAUCUUGAAUUAAAAAAAUUUGCGCGAAGUGGUGAAAUCAGUGACGGCCUUAUUGCCAAUCAAUUAACUAAUGCUACAUCUUUUAUGAAAGCUUUUAAGGGAUUGAUAAUUCCAAGUUUAAAGGAAGCAGGAGGUGAGGGUGUACAAUAUGCGGCUACCACAUAUUUUGAUUCAUUUUCUUUUUAUGCAAUGCUAGAUGAUAGUUUAGUUAGCCUUUACAUUAACAAUGGGUUCAAAGUAGCAGAUCUUAGAUAUGUUAUUACGAACAAUACGAUAUGCAAUUAUACUUAUUGGUGCGACUAUAAGAAUUGGCAUCCAAAUUCAAAUGGUGGCCGUGCAAUUGCAAAUGUAUUAUUCAGUAACUUAUCGUCUAUCUCUUAA